CUUUUAUUUACGUAUCAUGUUAUCCAGGUAAACGUGAUCGAUUGGUUGCGUCUGCUCAGGUAGUUUAGGCGGAGCAGAGGCUACCUCGGUUGGGAGUAAACAAAACCUUUUUAACCUACCGGGAACUGUCUGGAGUUGCUCAGCGACUAGCGCUGCUAUAAUUCAUUGUACUUUACCUAUACACGUCACGAUGAGCCGAGUUACAUUUUUUCAAAGGAAGUUGCUAAACUCGGCUGUUGUUUGUGACUAUCGCUAAACGUUUCCUGGUUCAUCUUAUCAGCGUCGAGGCAAGUAACCUACCUACCUACCUACCUGCUCUUUUAGGUUUCAUUUUGUUUCGGCGUUCAAGACACUUAUCAUCAUAGGUAGCCUAAAGUAGAAGUAGUCUACCUGGUGCCAGUUGGGGAAAGAAAGGUACAUACAUAGGAUAUAUAGUAGGCUAGUUUGAAGAAGCUGGGUGUGCUGUUGAUGGUACUCUGCCCUCUGUAGCCAAUUAGUGCCCCACCCGCUCUCCUCGCGCAGGUGCACGCCUGACCAUGUUGUUUCAUCUGUUCAUACUCCUUCAACUCCUGGCAUGUGGAGAUCUGGCCUGUAUGAGGAGGUUACUGUCGGAACAUGAAGACCAAGAAGUGUUUUUAGAUGAUGGAGAAAAAAAAAGGGAGGUCUUCGAAAACAUCCCGGCUACAGAGGCUUUUUGGAAGAAAUAUACUGAAGAAAAGGACAAUAGCCUCUCACGGGUUGAUGUGACCUCUCUUUUGGUGGGACUGAUUGCUGGUGGAGUGGCCAUUGUUAUUGCUGGCCUCCUGGUCUGGUAUUUAUGUCACGGCAAAUGCAAAAACAGGCAUGCAAACUCCUCUCACAGGUCCAUGCGGGGGCGACCGAAUAGGAGUAAUGCUUCUUUAAUAAUGAGACGGCUGGAGGAGGUGUCCUUACAACCUGUACCCCCACUCCCUAUGGAGGAAAUAGACCCCCCAGGGCUGCCUUCCUAUGAGCAGGCAAUUGCAAAAAGUGGACCACACGACGCCCCACCUCCUCCCUAUCCUGGCUCUCAACCUGGAAGUAUUCGGCGGUAGUAUCUUCAGGACAACACGUCUGUCAGCAUUAAGCAGACAAUUUACAACUAACAUUUACACUGUGCUGCUCUGCUUAGCAUUGUGUACCAAUUCUUUCCAUCACAACAUUUAAAACACUUCCUUAUGCCUUCUGUUUAUUGCUCUGAUUAUAUUUAUCCACUCAUACAUUUAAUUUUUUUUCUGGUCUUUUUUUCUUAGCAGUAUAAUCCCCCAUCUUAAUGUGCUUGUGCCAAAACAGUUUUGUGGUAGCCUCUACUAACUAUUUUCCCAGGUCUGAUUGUGCUUUGUAAUAUAAUUGUAAAUCUGUGAAGAAUAAGCUUUAUAAUACAUGUUACCCAGUUUGCUGCUUUUUGUCUAAAUGGAAAUGAAGAAUCAAUAAUAUGUUGGACAUGAGAUAUUUAAGUUGCUGGAGUACUAAGGCCCCUAAGGAGCUGUUUCUUUAGAUGCAGCAUGCAUAGAGGAGCUUAUAGCAAGGGGCAUUAUAAUUAUAUGUCAUUACAAAAUAAGUAUUUAUUGCAAUUAAAAAGAGACACUGAUUUGUGUAGUUAUACAGAUUCCUGUCUCCUUCAGAAGGAAAAGUAGUUCCAGCCAAACUGAUUUCAGUAGCGUGAUGGUAUUCUAUUGCCAUAAAGAAAAUGCUUUUAAGGAUAAUACAAGUAUUUUUGAUGUACUGGUCUACCAGCUUGCUUUGUAAACACUUUGUACUUUCAGCUGUAUAUUAUCUUUUACCUUUUUUAAUUGUUAUUAAAUGUGAUGGUUUAUUA